AUGAAGGCAAUCAGCUUCGUUGUAGCAUGCCUCGCCGCGCAUGCAAGUGCUGCAGUACCAAAACGUAGUAACACAGUACUUUCUUCUAAUGCCCAAGAUCUUUUCGACUGGUCUAUGCACAUUCAAGACAACCGCUAUGACGCCUCUUACAACUUCAUCCAGUACUCCGACAAGGGAGCAUGGUCUGUUCGCUUCACAGCGUGGUAUGUAGCCGGAUUGUUGCACAGGAACCAGGGAGACGAUGUGAAGCACGCAGAAGCCUCCAUCAGGAAUAUACUGGCAUGUCAAAUGACAGAAGAUUUCGACGCUCCGUGGUACGGAACAUACAAGCUAUCCCCUGAUGAACCAGAUCCAACGCCUGAUUCAGGUUUAUACGUACCGAAGAUAUACACGACCUACGACCCUAACUGGCGCGACUUCAUCGGCACGCAACUAAUCCAAAUCCUCUCCGAAUUCUCCCCCCUCCUCGCCCCCUCCCUCAUAACCUCCAUCGAAGACUCGCUCGAAAAAGCCGCCGUGGGAAGUAUGCGCCGCAACGGCACCUACCCCACAAUCGACGACAACCUAACAAUCGGCUACACGAACCCAGCUAUGAUGCGCGCUCUUCUCUGCGAAUACAUCGGCACCCGUCGAUCCAACUCAACUUUCACGUCUUUCGCGGAAGACCAAGGAAAGAAGAUAUUACAAUUAUUCCAGAGAGAAGGCGCGGAGACGGUUAGCGAGUAUAACGCGCCGACCUAUUAUGGUAUCGAUGUCUGGGCCAUGGGCGCGCAGAUCAAGUACGGUGUUGGUAAUUCUAGCAUGACUGAGGCUGCGAAGUAUAUCCUGCCGCGGAUAAUAGGUGAUUUAGCAGAGCAUUAUAAUGGGUAUCUAGGGAAUGUGGUGGGUCCGUAUGAUAGGGCGUAUACGAGGGAUAUCACGCAGCAUUCAUCCGUCUUGUCCUUAGUGCUGUGGGGUCUUUGGGGCAGGGAGCGGACGAGCCAGCCGAAGAAGAUGGAGGGGGAUUUACUGUUUGAUGUCGCUCAAGGAGCGGCUAUGGCGCUUAUCCUGGGGGGUGUGGAGGAGCUUUUUCCUGCGCAUGUGGAAAAGGUGUUUACGACGAGGGACUUCAUUGGUGAGCCGAGGUGGCUGAAUCGAACGGUUUGGGAUGAGCUCGAGGGAGGUGAACCGAGGAUCGCGUCCAGUUGGGUGAGCAAAGAGUUGAUGAUUGGAGGACAACAGGUGGAUGAAGAUGUGAACAGAGGGGAUCAGUUCGUUCCUGCUAUUGUUCAUUGGGCGGGUGAUAAGGAGCAUAAGCCUUAUCCGCUUAACACCUUCUUCGCCCUUUACCCGUCUGCAUCGUCGAUCCACGCUGUCGCCUCGCCAAACCAUCUCUCUGUUAGCUACCCGAACCGGACGCAGGAAGGAAGCGAUAUCUUUACGUUUGCGCUGUCGAAUGUGCCGCCGAGUUGGACACUAGGCACUGGACGACGCAUAACGGGGUUCGAGGAUUUGCCGUGUGUGGAGAUUGAGGUUGAGGCGGAGGGCUUGGUGAAGCAGAAUGUGACGUAUGGAACGGCGCUGAGGAACCACCUGUUCUACAACAUUUCGUAUGUGGUUCCGAAGGAUUUCGAGGGUGUGCCGAGGGUGGAGUUGGAUAUCACGUAUACGUGCUAG